UUCAGCACUCAGUGGUUGAGAUAUGAUUGGCUGUGGUCGCCCGGCCGCCCUCUGGCGUCACUGGGGGCUCCGUGCUGUCUCAGGAAUCCCCGGUUCGACCGCCAUUUCUGCCUGUGUGCCGGAGGGUAUGUAAGGACUGGAUGCGCUGCUCGCCAUCCAUUCCUGUUUUUCUUUUGCGGCGAUAUGGUUUAGCGCCCGUGCCGCUAAACCAUGGAUGCAGCUUUAUGCCCCUGUUGCCAUCGGCGGAUUCGGAAUCCGAACCGGGUCAAAGCGGAUCAAAUGAGACCGGAACCGGGCCAGAUGGUGACUGACGCCAGAACCGGAAGAUCUUACCGCAGAGGAAAGCUUUUGGGAAAGGGUGGGUUUGCCAGGUGUUAUGAAAUGACAGACCUUGCCACCAACAAGUCCUAUGCCGUGAAGGUGAUUCCCCAAGGCAAAGCCUUAAAAGCUCAGCAUCGCGACAAGAUUCUGAAUGAAAUUGAUCUUCACAAAAACCUGCAUCACAAGCACAUAGUGAAGUUCUUACACAAUUUUGAGGACCAGGACUACAUUUACAUCUUCAUGGAACUGUGCAGUAGGAAGUCGCUGGCACACAUCUGGAAAACUCGACGCACGCUUACUGACCCAGAAGUGCGGUAUUACCUUCGACAGAUCAUAUCGGGGUUGAAAUACCUCCAUAAAAAAGGAAUUCUCCACCGAGACAUCAAGUUAGGCAAUUUAUUUGUGAAUGAGAACAUGGAGCUGAGGGUGGGUGACUUUGGAUUGGCGGCCAAGCUGGAGCCAGCAGGACAUCGGAAAAAAACAAUUUGUGGAACCCCAAACUAUAUUGCCCCGGAAGUGCUGAACAGGCAAGGCCAUGGACCCGAAUCAGACGUCUGGGCACUGGGCUGUGUCAUGUACACAUUGCUGGUUGGUAAUCCACCCUUUGAGACCCAGGAUUUGCAGGAGACCUAUAAGUGUAUCAAGGAUGUAAAGUACACACUCCCUACGACCCUUUCUUCAGCGGCUCAGAAGCUGAUUUCUGGGAUUUUGCAGAAAAAUCCGUGUGAUCGCCUCACUCUAGACCAGAUCCUGCGUCAUGAGUUCUUUACUAAGGGCUUCACCCCCAACACACUUCCCCCUAGUAGCUGUGUGACCCUGCCAAAGCUCAAAGCUCCAAGUCCAGUGAAGACAUUCUUCACCAAGGUGGCCAAGAGUCUGUUUCAGAAGAAGCGGUUAAAAGCUGAUAAGUCAUCUUGCGAGGAGCGGGAUGAUAUCUCCAAACAUGUAACGUGCUUUGUCAAAAGCUCCAUCGGCCGGCAGAUGAGCUAUAAAACAGUGAAGAAAAAUAAGACCAGAUCGCACAGUCUUCAUAAGGUUAUCAAAAGAGCAUUGACUAUCCAGGUACAGGAGUCAAUGAAGUCCACUUCAUCCAGUAUUCAACAGGCCACAAACAGCCUUCUGAAAAUCCAGGCAGAGGAGGAGUUGGGGAAAUCCAAUUCGGCCAGUGAUCAUCAGGUCGCACAAAGCCCACAGACCGUGCAAGCAGAGGAGUCGUCAAGGAAAUGUAACUCGGCCAGUGAUCAUCAGGUCGCACACAGCCCUCAGACCAUCCAGGCAGAGGAGUCGUCAAGGAAAUGUAACUCGGCCAGUGAUCAUCAGGUCGCACACAGCCCUCAGACCAUCCAGGCAGAGGAGGAGGCGAGGAAAUCCAGCUCGGCCAGUGAUCAUCAGGUCGCACACAGCCCUCAGACCAUCCAGGCAGAGGAGGAGGCGAGGAAAUCCAGCUCGGCCAGUGAUCAUCAGGUCGCACACAGCCCUCAGACCAUCCAGGCAGAGGAGGAGUCGAGGAAGUUCAGUGUUCAUCAGGUCACAAACAGUCCAUUGACCACCCAGACACAGAAUGGGUCAAGGAAGUCAAGUUUGUCCUGUAUUCAUGAAGUCAUGAACAGUGUUUUGAGCAUCAAGGUGAAGCAUAGGUCAAGAAAGUCAGGUGUAUCCUGUGUGAAUGGGGUUGCCAAGAGUCCGCUGACCACCCAGACAGAGGAUGAGCCCCAGAAGUCCAGUCCCUUCAGAGGCACCAUGCCAAAAGCCUCUGAAGAUGGCCUUACACCUGCCACCGUGGCACAGUUGGUCAUUAAAGUUCUGCGUGACUGUUUGUCCUCGAUGCCCACAGCGUCUGUAAAUCCACCCUGCUUAAUCGGGUCCCAAUUUGUCUGGGUCACGAAGUGGGUUGAUUAUUCCAACAAGUAUGGCUUUGGCUACCAGCUCUCCAACCAGGACAUUGGUGUUUUGUUCAAUGAUGGGACUCACCUCAGUUUGUGUGACCAGCGCAAGACUGUGUGCUACUACUUGACCAGCAACAAGAACUUCAUUUUCCAGGCAUGUGCUGUCCCGGCUCAGCUGCAGGCUCAGAUGCAGGUUGUAGGGUACAUGGCCAGAUACAUGGAGCAGAACCUCGUGGAGGGUGGCGAUCUUCCUCGAAUAGACCACACUCUUUCGUCACCCUUGCUGCUGCAGUGGGUCAAGACUGACCAUGCGCUUGUCAUGCUCUUCAAUAACGGCACCGUGCAGGUGAAUUUCUACACUGACCACACCAAGAUCAUUUUGUGUAAGAGUUCUGAUUCCUACAUGUUGACCUACAUCAGCCAGGAGCGUGUGCCGUAUACAUUCAGCCUGAGUGCACUCUCUGAGCUCGGCUGCUGUCCUGACCUGCGUCGCCGACUGAGCUAUGUCGUCCAGCUGCUAAAGCACCACAUCAUCUCCUUGCACUGAACCUCUAAGUAACCUUGUAUUACUUUCUGCUUCCAUUGUGGAGCGUAUCAGGCUCAGUGUUGGGUCUUGUGAUUGGCUAGUGUCUGGCCUCAUUGGACUGUGGAAAACGUAUUCUUGCAAUAGCACAGGGAGCGUCUGUCGCCCACACUGACAUCCUUCAACGCAGGAUUGCUCACAGUGACACCUGUGUGCCUCCCCAGUGACUGGCUUGGUGCAGAACAACCAGUUUUUUUUUUAAUUUAAAUAUUUAAUGAAGUUGAAAUGUUACAAGUAUUCAAGUUCACUAACUACAAAGGGUCUUCACAUGACACAAUUUGCACUGAUUGUCUGUGACAAACCUUUUAUCACAAGUUAUAUCAACAUAUUUUUUAACUAUAUAUGCCGUUUUUCUAUAUAUAUAUAUAUCUUGAGUGCCAGUUGUGUGUGUGUGUGUGUGGUCUGUUAAUGUAAUUCAGCCUUCAUGCAAUGAGGAAUGAACAUGGCAAAGGGUAACGUGCCUUCUGGAGAGAAACCUUGUCAGGACUGUGCAAUAAUAAUCUGAAUAGGAAAUUGAAGUAUUUCCAUGUAACACCAACAGUGUGGUGUUUACGCUGCCUUGUAACAGGCAUGACCACUUCACCACUAGAAAUGUGUCAUUUCAAAAAUUGCAAAAUGCUUUUCCUGCCCCACAGUAGUCCUUGUAAACUGUGACUGAGUGUUACACUAUCAAAUUGUCUUCAAAUUCAGAGACAUUUAAAGCCGUUCUCUUUACUAAAUGGUGAAUGUAUUUAUUUAUUUACGUGUUUGUGUGUGCAUUUCGUAUGGUAACAUGUUUGGUGUGAUCACUUAUGUGUUGCAUUAAAAUAAAGUUUUUUGAAAGUCUGA